AGCAGUGUUAACUUGACAAAUGGAUUACAUAAAAAAAUUAAAAAUGGCACACACCUCCAGAUGGCCUGCACCAUGGAACCAACAGCAAAGAAGAUCUUUAAAGGAGUUUUAGUAGCUGAACUUGUGGGCAGUUUUAGAGCAUACUUCUUGUUUAAUAAGAUGAACACAAAUCAAGAUUUCAGGCAAACAAUGAGCAAGAAAUUUCCCUUCAUCCUGGAAGUUUACUACAAAUCUGUUGAAAUGUCUAGAAUGUAUGAAAUUAGAGAGCAAGAUCAAGAAAAGUGGAUGAAUAGCAAAAAUUAAGAAAUUAGCUGUUGUUCACUUUACUAGAGAAGAAAUGCAGAGUACUAAGCAAGACUAAAUACCCACAGUGG